UGCAUCUGUUCUGUCUCUGAAGGUGAGCCAUGUCCAGUUCAGCCUCCCAGUGGACUCCUCAGCGUCCUUUUCUCCUCCUUUUGGCGUUUUGCUUCAUCUCCCUUUUCAUCUCGUACAAGGCCGACAUCACCUACCCCGAUUUAGGAAGAGUUGGUCAGUUUUGUCCUGCCUUCCUGUGUGCAGAGAGAGCACAGAGCCAUGACUCAAUCCCCAGCAACUCCACAGAGCUCCUCAAUAAAUCACAUUCAGGUCCGACCGAGAAGCUCCAGGCGGCAGCAGUGGACGCUGAGCCCGACACAGUUGUGCUGGUCUGGAUGUGGCCGUUUGGCUUCAAAUUUGAACUCAACUGCGACAUUUUCAAUUUCACAAGAUGCCACUUAACAGAUGACAAGGAACUUUACCAGAAGGCCCACGGGGUGGUCUUCCACCACAGGGAUAUACAUGGAAGUUUAGAAAACAUGCCCAAAGGGCCACGCCCCGUUUUUCAGAAAUGGGUUUGGUCAAAUAUGGAGUCGCCCACCAACUCAGGUAAAAUCACUGGACUGAAUGAGCUUUUCAACUUGACAUGCAACUAUCGGCGUGAUUCAAGUAUCCCAGUGCCUUAUGGGUAUCUGUAUCCCGUGACCUCUGCAGAGGAGAGUUUCAAAUUGCCAGCAAAGGACAAGUUGGUGUGUUGGAUUGUGAGCAACUUUAGGUCGAAUAUGAAGAGAGUUCAGUACUACAAUGAACUGAAGAAACACGUAACGAUUCAUGCUUAUGGGAGAGCCUUUCAAAAACCUAUUGGUAAUGAAGACUUUGUAAAAAUAAUUUCUGCUUGUAAAUUCUACCUCUCCUUUGAGAACUCCUUCCACAGAGAUUACAUCACAGAGAAGUUCUUUAAUCCUUUGACUUGGGGAAGUGUUCCGGUAGUUAUGGGUCUCGCCAAGACACGUGUAUGA